AUGAAGCGGGUGUCGUCGCACGUCUCGCUGGCCUCGGAGGCGGAGAUCAACCUCGAUCUGUCGCGCCUCAUCAUCGACAGGCCGCAGCGGUUCACGCUGGAGCGGAAGCGCUCCUUCGACGAGCAGUCGUGGAGCGAGCUCUCCCACUCCCACUCCCACCGCAACAACGACGGCUUCGACAGCGUGCUGCAGUCGCCCGCAUUCCCGUCCGGCGGAUUCGACUCGCCCUUCUCCAUAGGCACGCAUUUCGGCGGAGGCGGACCGCACCCGCUGGUCAACGAGGCGUGGGAGGCGCUCAGGAAAUCGGUUGUUUACUUCCGGGAACAGCCCGUCGGUACCAUCGCUGCCGUGGAUCAUGCGUCGGAGGAAGUGCUCAACUAUGAUCAGGUUUUUGUGAGGGAUUUCGUUCCGAGUGCAUUGGCUUUUCUAAUGAACAAUGAGACCGACAUAGUGAAGAACUUUCUCUUGAAAACUCUUCACCUUCAGAGCUCUGAGAAAAUGGUAGACCGAUUCAAGCUUGGAGCAGGAGCGAUGCCUGCAAGUUUCAAGGUGGACCGUAACAAAAACAGAAACACUGAGACCUUAGUUGCUGAUUUCGGUGAGAGUGCAAUCGGCAGGGUGGCACCGGUCGACUCUGGAUUUUGGUGGAUCAUUCUCCUUCGGGCAUAUACAAAGUACACCGGAGAUGUUAGUUUGUCGGAAUCACCUGAUUGCCAGAAGUGCAUGAGGUUGAUACUGAAUCUCUGCUUAUCUGAAGGAUUUGAUACUUUUCCAACUCUGCUUUGCACAGAUGGCUGCUCAAUGAUUGAUCGUCGAAUGAAUUAUUACAUAUCAGCUGAGGUGGCAAUGGGAUUGGCAGGUCCUGCAUGUUCUUCUGUAAUCAAGGAGCAUCCCUGUCUCCUUAACAAUACUUAG